AUGCCAAUACAAUGCAUAACAAGCAUGCCUCAACAACUCCCAAACCAAGAACAAGAAACACCACUAGUUUUCGACGCAUCACUUCUCAGAAACCAAACAAAUCUCCCAACACAAUUCAUUUGGCCUGAAGAAGAACAAGCCUGUUCAAACAUUCCCGAACUCGAUGUACCGUUCAUCGACUUGGGAGGUUUUCUCUCCGGUGAUCCCCUGGCAGCAAUGGAAGCAUCAAAGCUAGUUGGUGAAGCAUGUCAGAAACAUGGUUUUUUUCUUGUUGUUAAUCAUGGGAUUGAGAAAAAGCUAAUCUCGGACGCUCAUGGUUUCAUGGAUGGUUUUUUCCAACUUCCUCUGGUUGAGAAACAGAGAGCUCAGAGGAAAGCAGGGGAACACUGUGGUUAUGCUAGUAGUUUUACUGGUAGAUUCUCUUCUAAACUUCCAUGGAAAGAGACACUUUCUUUUCGAUUCGAAGCCCAUGAAAAUUCGCCAAAUCUUGUUACAGAUUAUUUGUGCAACACAAUGGGGAAUGACUUUGAACAAUUUGGGGAGGUUUAUCAGAAGUAUUGCAAAGCAAUGAGCAAUCUUUCAUUAGGAAUAAUGGAGCUUUUGGGAAUGAGUCUUGGAGUUGGUAAAGGCUAUUUUAGGGAAUUUUUUGAAGAGAAUAGUUCAAUAAUGAGGCUCAAUUACUAUCCUCCUUGUCAAAAACCUGAACUCACUCUAGGCACUGGACCUCAUUGUGAUCCAACAUCCUUAACCAUUCUUCAUCAAGAUCAAGUUGGUGGCUUGCAAGUUUUUGUUGAUAAUCAAUGGCAUUCCAUUACACCACAUUUCAAUGCUUUUGUUGUCAAUAUUGGUGAUACCUUCAUGGCACUUUCAAAUGGGAGAUACAAGAGUUGCUUGCACAGGGCAGUGGUAAACAGUGAAACGACAAGAAAAUCUCUUGCUUUCUUUCUAUGUCCCUUAAGUGAUAAGGUGGUAACUCCACCAUGUGAAUUGGUGGACAAUUACAACCCAAGAAUCUACCCUGAUUUCACAUGGCCUAUGUUACUUGAGUUUACUCAAAAACACUAUAGAGCUGAUAUCAAAACACUUGAAGCAUUUGCCAACUGGAUUCAACAUAAGAGCACAUGA